AAUUUUUGUUUUAACUAAAGGAUGAUCUGAUCAUGGAAAAUAUGUUACAUCAGUUGAAUUUAUUUUGUCACCAAUGGUUGAUGUUACGUUAUUCUGAUUGCGUGACUUUUCAGUAUGAGAGGACCUGGUAUAUCGCCUCUCUCAGUUUCUAUGCACAAUGGCGCCCGGACUGUCUUGCGUGCUCUUACUAAUUGUUUUUAUGGCAUCAUGGCAGGAAAACUUAUUUGUAAAGUCUCUUGACAAUGGUCUAGCCUUAACACCACCAAUGGGAUGGAUGGACUGGGAGAGAUUCCGUUGUAACACAGACUGCAAAAAUGACCCUGACAACUGCAUUGGUGAAAAAUUAUUCAUGGAUAUGGCAUCUCGUAUGGCUGAAGAUGGUUUUAAGGAUGUUGGCUAUGAAUAUGUGUCUAUUGAUGAUUGUUGGAUGUCUCAUAACCGAACAGCUGACGGUCAACUCCAGCCUGAUCCUGCCAGAUUUCCGAGUGGAAUGAAAGCUCUGGCUGACUACAUUCAUUCUAAGGGAUUAAAGUUGGGAAUAUAUGCAGAUUAUGGAACAAAAACCUGUGCAGGAUACCCAGGAACCAUUGAUCACAUUCAACAAGACAUGGAUACAUUUGCUGGCUGGGGAGUUGACUACCUAAAGCUGGAUGGUUGUUAUAGUGACCCCGACAAAAUGGAUACAGGUUACCCAAUGGUCACCAAAGCCCUUAACAACACAGGCAGACCAAUAGUAUUUUCCUGCAGCUGGCCAGCCUAUCAAAGUGCAAAGAAAACCCCCAACUAUACAUGGAUAGCUGAAAACUGCAAUUUGUGGAGGAACUACGAUGACAUACAGGAUUCUUGGCAAAGUGUUACAUCAAUAGUUAAAUGGUAUGGUGACCAUCAAGAUGAAAUGAUCCCAGUUGCAGGGCCGGGAAACUGGAAUGACCCUGAUAUGCUCAUUAUUGGAGAUUUCAGUUUAAGUUUUGAACAGUCAAAGGCACAGUUUGCUCUGUGGUCUGUCAUGGCCAGCCCCUUUAUUAUGUCCACUGAUCUUCGUAACAUUGCACCAUGGGCAAAACAAAUCCUUCAAAACAGUGAUGUGAUAGCUGUCAAUCAGGACAAACUGGGGAGAAUGGGGAGGAGAGUUCUGCUGGAAGGAAAUAGAGAGAUCUGGGCGCGGCCCUUGUCUAAUGGAUCAGUUGCUGUGGUGUUAUUUUCACACUCGGAGUCUACCCCUGAAACUAUAGAAGCAAGUUUUAAAAUGGUUGGGUUAAGUGCCGAAAAAGCUGAGGCACGUGACCUGUUUGAACACAAGGAUCUUGGAACGUUCACAGGAAGCUUCCAUGCCAUUGUUAACCCAAGUGGGGUAGUAAUGGUCAUAUUAUCACCAGUGACGGUCUUGGAUGUCUAAUGAAAUUUGGCUGAACCUGCGAACACAACAAACUUUUACAGAUUACCUUUUUUGUUUGCUUGUUUUUAAUAUUUUAUUUUUGAAAGAGUGUAG